AUGGUGUUAACUACUUCCGGUUAUGAUGAUGGAACUAUUGUUGAAGUUAUUGCAUUUUGUACGCGUGAUAGAGAUUUGUUGUUUGGAGGAAAGUUAGUUUAUGGUGAUGAAGAUUGUGAGGAAGUUCACGGUUUAGAGGGAAUAUUGAGUAAUGCUUUGAUGGAUUUUGCUGCAGAAGAUGGUUUUUCGCAGGUUUUGGCUAGUAGCAGUGGGUUUUGGGACAACAUAGUAGGUUGUCUUUACAUGGACUGUUUUAGGCUGUUUUGGAGCAUGAAACAAGAUGGAAAGAGACAAGGCAGUAGGUUGUAUUUGACUGUUAUGACAGGUUUUACAGGUUGGGACAACAACUAG